ACUCAUAUUUUUGUAGUAUGCGUUAGCUCUUGGAAAAUUCACAAUGUGUUUUCUGGGAAAAGAAUAGACGUCAAAUAAACCGCGGAAACUUUAAGUUGGCUUCUAAAUCGAGAGUUUUCCUGACUAUCAAGCCGUUUUUCCAUGGAAGAAGAGCUGUUGUAUCCCUUUCUGCCAACUGUGGAAGCAGUUGUGCAACGAGCAAAUGAAUGGAAAAAAUUUGAAGAGAAAUACCGAAACAUUGAAGAGGAGCUGGAUGAUUUUGGAAGCUACGAAGAAGAGGAAAUUUCUGAAGAGCUUGACAAUGAUAUGGAAGAAGAAAUUGAAGCUGAGGAGGUGCCUGUUGAAACUGAGGGUAGUCUUGCACUAGUUAAGCAAUUUGAUCCCCUUGAGAUAUUUGAAAAAUCCCUGCCGUUGAUUAAGAAGAAAAAUUUAAUUCUUGACAAUCAAAUCCGGAAAAUGGAAUAUCAGAAGAAAGGGAAGAAGGUGUCGGAUUGGCUGAAGAACAACUUCCGGAAUAUGGAUGGAGAUACAUCCUCAGCUUUCUGGGGUAAUAAUAUUUCAGGUCAUUUUCGGAUGGCAAACUUCAGUUCGUCAUAUAUGGAGAUGGAAUCAAAUAAUUCCACAACGUCUGUUGAUGGAGCGGCAUAUAUUUUAGCCAACAAGAAUAAGAGAAUCCAGAGAACUCAUCAUAUGACCAUCAAUGAAUAUUGCUACCAGGAUGCACACCAAUGGGCACCAGUGGAAAUUCGUCAGUGUCCACUGUCUGUUGAAUUCACAAGACAACCUCUGGCUCUCGAGUCUUCCAGGCAACCUCUAGCCAUCGAGUAUUCGAAGCUUCCGCAGGAAAAUUCAACGCAAGAUCAACGCAAGGACAAACAGAAGGCGACAAGGAAGAGGACAAGAUUUGGUGCGUUUGAGUGCUCUACGUCUGACUCCAGCGAAUCUGACGAAGAACGUGAAUGGGUGCGGCAGAAAGUGAAGCUUCCGAAGAUGGCGCGGUCGACUCGUAAAAUUUUUGACUCUGAUUCCAGCACGUCAAGCAAGGAAAACAAAAGCGAUAGUCCUAAGGAUUCCCCGAAGAGAAGACCAAACAGUGCUCAACAAAUCGUCAUUUACAGUCCAGAGCAGUGUCAGGUAUCUCAAAAGAGCAUAAGGAUCACCAUGGAGAUGCUGGCUGAGAAGAUUGGCUGGAAAAUGGCUAGAGAGAUGAAGAACGAUUUCUACCUCAGGCAUACAAUUCCAACUUCGUCCACAUUGAUUUUUGACAUAUUUGAACGAAGGUUUACUCAGAUCUCCAACACUAAAUCCCCUGCUAGCCCCAUAAAGUCGCCGGAACAGCUAAAGGAAGCGACGGACAUGUCCCCGCAGCGUGACAUCGUGAUCUACGCACCUCCACCAGAUCGGGUAAAAUCUCGCAGAAAAAUUAGGAUAACCCUGGAAAUGCUGAAAAGAAAAUUAGACCCAGACAUUGUGGAGUGUUUGCGAGACAGUCCAAUUCUCAGAUUUCCAUUUCCCGAAGGUUCAAAGCUCCUCUUCAGUCGCCAUUGGAAAAUGCUCUAUGAGGAAUUUUAACCCUCUCUAACUCAUUCCGGACCACAAUAUAUCCAGCGAACGAAUUUCAGUUAAACUCACUUUAUUGUAACUCUUAAGUGGUCAAAUAUGAUACUAGAUAGAUAGA